ACAAUACUGACAAACAGGACAUAACAAAGACGAACAUGGAUAAAAAAAUUAAAGAAAUAGAAGAACAUAAUAAUGAAAUCGGCAACAAAAAUGAAAGUAACGAAACAUCACCGCUUAAAAAUGAUUCGGAAGAUAAAGUUAAAAAUGAAUCAAAAACAAAAGCAAAACUAACGUUACGAGAAAGGUUGAAAUUAAUAAAAGACAAUACAACAGUAGAGCCAGUGAUGGCAUGCUAUGUAAUGCCAAGUGUAUUAGCAUCAUUAGCAACCCAGAACUUAAAUUUAGAAAAGGCUUGUCGUGUCAAUUUGAAUUUCAGUGAUGAAAUCUGUGACGCGUUAUAUUUACGGCAGACAGAAAAUUAUACAUACUAUGAAGAAGAAGUCCAGAAGUUGACAGCAAGUGUGCAAGCUUGGAAGAACGUGAUACAGACAGCUUUGCCAGUAUUACUAAUCCUAUUUGUCGGUGCAUGGAGCGACAAAACCGGUAAAAGGAAGCCAUGCAUACUUUUGCCUAUAGUUGGCGAGUUUCUAACGUGUCUAGGAUUCAUGGUGAACACAUACUACUUUAAAGAAUUGCCCGUGGAGGCGGCGGCGUUGACGGAGGCUAUAUUCCCUGCCAUCACUGGAGGCUGGUUCACCAAUUUCAUAGGUGUCUUCAGCUACAUCGGUGAUAUCACAUCUGUGGAAAACAGAACGUACAGAGUAGGAAUAGUGAAUCUCUGCAUGUCACUGGGCUACCCUAUCGCUAGUGCUCUAAGUGGUGUAUUAUUAACUUGGGUGGGAUACUAUGGGGUGUUUUCAAUUUCAGCCGGACUGUAUUUGUUUAGCCUUAUUUAUGGAUACUACUAUUUGGAAGAUGUGAAACGAGACAAUCCAGAGAAAAAGAAAACAAAAAGCUGCAAAGAACAUGUGGCCGAAUUCUUCGACGUAAAACUUGUGUCCGAGACGUUGCGAGUUGUCCUCAAAAAAGGAGAAGGCAAUAGACGCCUACGAGUUUGCCUGCUGCUUAUAGUUGUCUGUGUUAUAUUUGGUCCAAUGCACGGGGAAUAUUCCAUUAUCUACCUCUUUACAAGGUACAGAUUCAAUUGGGAUGAAAUGCAAUACAGUAUUUGGUCAACAUACAGUAUUGUAACGAAUUUGCUUGGUACAAUAUUUUCGAUAAGCCUGUUUAGCAAAUACAUGAAACUGGACGACACCAUCCUGGGCAUAAUAUCGAACACCAGUAAAAUUGUAGCGGCCUUCGCGUAUGCGUUUGCUAGAAACGACUUGGAAAUAUAUUUAGCUCCGUUGCUGGAGAUUCUGAACGGAACUUCGUUUAUUGCCAUGCGCUCGAUCGCCACCAAACUCGUCAGCGGGGAAGAAUUUGGUAAAAUGAACUCCCUCUUCGGGCUGGCAGAGGCCACAAUGCCUCUAGUGUAUGGCCCGCUCUAUUCCCGUGUAUACAUGGCCACCCUGGACAUCCUACCAGGAGCGGUGUUUCUACUAGGCGCUGUCUUGACGUUACCUUCGAUCGCCAUAUUUGGGUGGCUCUACUUUGAACACAUGAAAGACCGAAAACUACAAAAAUCGACCGACGUAGAAAAUGUGGAUUAAAGAAAAUUGUUUGUAUAUUUUUAUAGGUGAAUUUUCGAAUAAAUCCUUGCUCAAUA